AUGGGGCAAGUCUUAUGUCGGGGAGACACGGUGGGGUUCAAAUACUCCUUCAAGAUGAACUGGGCAGAGAAAUCCCAUGUGCACUGCUUCAACCACCAGCUGCACUUGGUCGUUGUUCACGCCAUGUCCGGUGAGAGAGCCAUUGAGGAUUUUUUCAACAUCUGUAAUGUCCUCUACAAGUUCACACGAAAGCCCACCGUUGCUGCACAUUACCAGGGAAACACGCUGAAGCGUUUACUCGAACAGCGCUGGACAGGGAUGUUCCAGCAGUGUGAGGAGCCUCGUUUCACCAUUGAGCAGAUCGACCUCCUCCAGAGGCUCCGGAGGACGGGCAUCACUCGGGCGGAGGUCCUCCACGCCCUGGACACCCUGGACCACCUGGAGCGGCAACAUGGACACAAGCUCACCCACAAAGCUCCUUACAUGCCUGCCUCGUCUUCCUUGUCCUCUUCCAGUGCCGUCGUCGCCUCUUCCUCCAUGUCUUCCAUCGCCACACAGACAAAUUUCCCCAACAGCCGACUCACACUGUCGCCCAGUACCAACUUCGACACAACCUCCCCGCCUCUACCCAUUCCAGUAGCCUCACCCGUCGCCAUGGCAGCAGUAGUCCAGAACGGCCUGGUGGCGGUCACCAAUGGGAAGCUGUCCCCGCCCCGGUUUCCUCUCGCUGUAGUCAGUGGCAGCGUGACGGCACCGGGAUACGGGUUUGAGACCAGUGAGGAGGACAUAGAUGUAGAUGACAAGGUGGAGGACUUGAUGAGGAGGGACAGUGCUGUGAUCAAAGAAGAGAUUAAGUCUUUCCUGGCCAACAGGCGGAUCUCCCAGGCCGUGGUCGCUCAGGUAACGGGGAUCAGUCAGAGCCGGAUCUCCCACUGGCUGCUGCAGCAGGGCUCGGACCUCAGCGAGCAGAAGAAACGAGCCUUCUUCCGUUGGUACCAGCUGGAGAAGAGCAACCCCGGUAACACAGCCCGCACCAUCACACCUGCACUGGAAACACUGAAGCGUUGACUUGUACUACUACUAUUAAAAGUAUUA